AGCUGCCCAUUGGGGAGCUGGGGGGAAAAGGGUGGGAGCACUUUGGUGCCAGCCUCUCCCUUCUUCCCCUCCCUGCUCCCAGUCUGUUCCGUGCACUGCCAUAAGUUCCUAGUGUCCAGGGUUGGUGAAGAUUGGAUCUUCCUGGUCCUGCUGGGGCUACUCAUGGCACUGGUCAGCUGGGUCAUGGACUAUGCCAUUGCCGCCUGUCUGCAGGCUCAGCAGUGGAUGUCCCGAGGCUUGAACACCAGCAUCUUGCUCCAGUACCUGGCCUGGGUCACCUACCCCAUUGUCCUCAUCACUUUCUCCGCUGGUUUCACACAGAUCCUGGCCCCACAGGCUGUCGGGUCUGGCAUCCCUGAGAUGAAGACCAUCUUGCGGGGGGUGGUGCUGAAAGAAUACCUCACCCUCAAGACCUUUGUAGCCAAGGUCAUCGGGUUGACCUGUGCCCUGGGCAGCGGGAUGCCCCUUGGCAAAGAGGGCCCUUUUGUGCAUAUCGCAAGUAUGUGUGCCGCCCUGCUCAGCAAAUUCCUCUCCCUCUUUGGGGGCAUCUAUGAGAAUGAAUCCCGGAACACAGAGAUGCUGGCUGCUGCCUGUGCAGUGGGAGUGGGCUGUUGUUUCGCAGCACCUAUCGGAGGCGUCCUGUUCAGCAUUGAGGUUACUUCCACCUUCUUCGCUGUGCGUAACUACUGGCGGGGCUUCUUUGCUGCCACCUUCAGUGCCUUCAUCUUCCGGGUCUUAGCGGUGUGGAACCGUGAUGAAGAGACCAUUACAGCUCUCUUCAAAACCCGAUUCCGGCUUGAUUUCCCCUUUGACCUCCAGGAGCUGCCAGCCUUUGCUGUCAUCGGUAUUGCUAGUGGCUUCGGGGGAGCACUCUUUGUGUACCUGAACCGGAAGAUUGUCCAGGUGAUGCGGAAGCAGAAAACCAUCAACCGCUUCCUCAUGAAGAAACGCCUGCUCUUCCCAGCUCUGGUGACCCUGCUCAUCUCCACUCUGACCUUUCCCCCUGGCUUUGGACAGUUCAUGGCUGGACAGCUCUCACAGAAAGAGACACUGGUCACUCUGUUUGACAACCGGACAUGGGUCCGCCAGGGCUUGGUGGAAGAGCUAGAGCCACCUGGAACCUCACAGGCCUGGAGCCCACCGCGUGCCAACGUCUUCCUCACCCUGGUCAUCUUCAUUCUCAUGAAGGUCCCACAGGGUGGAGCUGGGACCAGGGGUUGCCUCUACUUGUCUGAAGUGCCUCCUACCUGCAGUUCUGGAUGUCUGCACUGGCCACCACCAUCCCAGUGCCCUGCGGGGCCUUCAUGCCUGUCUUUGUCAUUGUACCCCAGCCCUCCCCCUCUACCUGUUUCUCUUCCCAUCCUCCUCCCUGAAGGAGCGGCAUUUGGGCGUCUGGUGGGCGAAAGUAUGGCUGCCUGGUUCCCAGAUGGGAUUCACACAGACAGCAGCACCUACAGGAUUGUGCCUGGGGGCUACGCGGUGGUGGGGGCAGCUGCACUGGCAGGAGCAGUGACACACACAGUGUCCACGGCCGUGAUUGUGUUCGAGCUCACAGGCCAGAUCGCCCACAUCCUGCCCGUCAUGAUCGCCGUCAUCCUGGCCAACGCCGUUGCUCAGAGCCUACAGCCCUCACUCUAUGACAGCAUCAUCCGAAUCAAGAAACUGCCCUAUCUGCCUGAGUUGGGCUGGGGCCGCCACCAGCAGUACCGCGUACGAGUGGAGGACAUCAUGGUGCGAGAUGUUCCCCAUGUGGCCCUCAGCUGCACCUUCCGUGACCUGCAGUUGGCACUGCACAGAACCAAGGGCCGUGUGUUGGCCCUGGUAGAGUCCCCUGAGUCCAUGAUCCUCCUGGGCUCCAUCGAGCGCUCACAGGUGGUGGCAUUGCUAGCAGCUCAGCUAAGCCCAGCCCACCGGUGGCAGUACAUGCAGGAGCGUCGAGCUGCCCAGACCUCUCCACAUUCAGAUCAGGAGAGUUCCACCAGUCCUGAGACCUCUGUCUGCUUCCAGGUGAACACAGAGGACUCGGGCUUCCCUGCAGCCCGGGCAGAGACUCAGAAGCCCCUGAAACCUGCUCUCAAGAGGGGACCCAGCAACACUAUGAAUCUUGGGGAGAGUCCCACAGGGAAUGUGGAGCAGGCAGGCAUCGCCCUCAGGAGCCUCUUUUGUGGCAGUCCACCCUCCGAGGCUGCUUCAGAGUUGGAGAAGUUGGAAUCGUGUGACAAGCACAAGCUGAAGCGGGUCCGAAUCUCCCUGGCAAGCAACUCAGACCUAGAAGGCGAGAUGACCCCUGAAGAGAUUCUGGAGUGGGAGGAGAAGCAACUAGAUGAACCUGUCAACUUCAGUGACUGCAAAAUUGACCCUGCCCCUUUCCAGCUUGUGGAGCGGACCUCUCUGCACAAGACUCACACCAUCUUCUCACUGCUGGGAGUGGACCAUGCUUAUGUCACCAGUAUUGGCAGACUCAUUGGAAUUGUCACCCUAAAGGAGCUCCGGAAGGCUAUCGAGGGCUCUGUCACAGCACAAGGUGUGAAAGUCCGGCCACCCCUUGCCAGCUUCCGUGACAGUGCCACCAGCAGCAGUGACACAGAGACGACCGAGGUGCAUGUACUCUGGGGGCCCCGCUCCCACCACAGCCUCCCCCGGGAAGGCAGCCCUUCUGACAGUGACGACAAGUGCCAGUGAAGCCCUCACUGGGCAGCCUGGAUGGCAGUGGCUAUAGCUGUGAGCCCAGAUCGUGCAGCUCUCCUGUUCCUCUGCCUUCCUGGAAGGGGAGGCAGCUGCAGCCUAUGGAGGUUGAAGCCCCAACCCCCCUUGCAGGCCUGGAGUACCAAGCUUCCCCUGGUUCAUCCUACCUGGAAUCUGACCCAGCACCAACCUGCAGCCAGUACUCCAUGGGCAGGAAGAUCAGCACCGCCCUGGCAUCAUGGGGUGGGAUCACCUGACUUUGUUCCCCUUUGUGGGGAAAAAGUAUAGAACUAAAAUGGGUUUAUACUGGAACCUCCAAUGACCAGAUGUAUAUAGAUUUACAAAGAUUUUUAUAUUAAUUUAAUAAAACAAAUUCUUACAUAGAACAAAA